AAGAAAGAAAGAGAGAGAGAGAGAAAAAGAAAAGAAGUGAAAGAGAGAGAGAGAAGGAAAGAAAGAGAGAGAAAAAAAGAAAAGUGAAAGAGAGAGAGAGAGAGAGAAAAAGAAAAGAAGUGAAAGAGAGAGAGAGAAGGAAAGAAAGAGAGAGAAAAAAAGAAAAGUGAAAGAGAGAGAGAGAGAGAAGGAAAGAAAGAAAGAGAGAAAAAAGAAAAGUGAGAGAGAGAGAAGGAAAGAAAGAAAGAGAGAAAAAAGAAAAGAAGUGAGAGAGAGAAGGAAAGAAAGAAAGAGAGAAAAAAGAAAAGAAGUGAAAGAGAGAGAGAGAGAAGGAAGGAAAGAAAGAAAGAAAGAGAGAGAAAAAAAGAAAAGAAGUGAGAGAGAGAAGGAAAGAAAGAAAGAGAGAAAAAAAAGAAAAGAAGUGAGAGAGAGAAGGAAAGAAAGAAAGAGAGAAAAAAAGAAAAGAAGUGAGAGAGAGAGAAUGCUCGAAACGUCGAAUUCUCUAUUCCUGAGAUGCUGCCUAACCUGCUGUGCUUUGACCAGCAACACAUUUGCAGAGAGAGAGAGAAGGAAGGAAAGAAAGAAAGAAAGAGAGAGAAAAAAGAAAAGAAGUGAGAGAGAGAAGGAAAGAAAGAAAGAGAGAAAAAAAGAAAAGAAGUGAGAGAGAGAGAGAGAAUAGUGAAGGGAAGAGAGAAAAAGAAAAGUGAAAGAGAGAGAAAAAGAAAUGAAGUGAAAGAGAGAAGUAGACAAUAGUGAAGGAGGAAGAGAGGAAAAAAAUAGCGAAGGAGGAAGAGAGAGAUAGAAAAAGAAAAUUGUGAAAGAGAGAGAAAAAAUAGUGAGGGAAAGAGAGAAGGAGAAAAUAGUGAAGGAGGGAGAGAGAAAAUCUAGUGACGGAGGAAGAGAGUAAAGGAGAAAAUAGUGAAGGAGGGAGAGAGAAAAAGGAAAUAGUGAACGAGAGAGACAGAAGAAGAAAAUAGUGAGUGAGAGAGGAGGAGAAAGUAGUGAGAGGGGGAAGAUAGUGAAGGAAAAAAGAGAGAGAAAGGGAAGAUAGUGCAGGAAAGAGAGGAGGAGAGAGUAGUGAAGGAGAGAGGGAACGAACAGAGUGAGGUGGGGGUGAAGAAAAAGAAAGUGAAAAAGGAAAAAGAGAGAAAAUAGUGAAGGGAGAGACUUUAAAUGGGAAAUAUAUAAUAGAGUUAUCAGAGAGAAAGCAGUGAAUGAGAGAGAGUAUACACUGGCAAAUACAUAAAUGUAGAGUUAUCACAGAGUGAGGGAGAGCGUUUACAUUUGACAUAUAGAGUACGCAAGUUAUCGAAAAGAGAGAGAAUGAGGAAAUAGGGAGCGUGUGUUGGGGGAGGAAAUCAGGGAAAAUGCAAAUUGUGUCCUCCACAACAACCCCCUGAUGAAGGAGCGUCGCUCCGAAAGCUAGUGCUUCCAAUCAAACCUGUUGGACAAUCAUCUGGUGUUGUGUGAUUUUUAGCAGAGAGUGAGAGAGAGAGGAGAAGGAGGGAGCCCGGAGCUUGGGCGAGUGUCUGGUAAAGCCGGGUGUAGUUGCUGGCUGGAGACGGGAGAGAGAGGGCGACGGAGAGAGAGAGAGAGAGACACACACACACACAGACGGGAGAGAGAGAGAGACACAGAGAGAGAGAGAGACACACACAGAGGGAGAGAGAGAGACACACACACAGACGGGGAGAGAGAGAGACACAGAGAGAGAGAGAGACAGACACAGAGGGAGAGAGAGAGAGAGAGACACACACAGAGGGAGAGAGAGAGACACACACACACAGACGGGGAGAGAGAGAGACACAGAGAGAGAGAGAGACAGACACAGAGGGAGAGAGAGAGACACACACAGAGGGAGAGAGAGAGACACACACACACAGACGGGGAGAGAGAGAGACACAGAGAGAGAGAGAGACACACACAGAGGGAGAGAGAGAGACACACACACACAGACGGGGAGAGAGAGAGACACAGAGAGAGAGAGAGACAGACACAGAGGGAGAGAGAGAGAGACAGACACAGAGGGAGAGAGAGAGAGACAGACACACACAGAGGGAGAGAGAGAGACACACACGCAGACAGAGAGAGAGAGAGAGAGAGAGAGGGGACAGUGUGAUUGCACCCCGCACCUUCCCCCAGGGCGAAGAGGGGAGUACCUGUCACCCCCCCCUCCCCUCCCCGUGGGGGUGUAGAAAUCGGAGUGAGCCAUGGAGAGGUUCCUGCAACACCUUGCGGACCUGGAGAAGGCGGACGGAGACGACUGCGGAUUCGGGAUGGAGUUCACUAGCAUGAAGAGGAGUCUGGCUUCAGUCAGUGACCAGUCGGAACUGAGCACUGAGGCUGGGAGCGCGAGAAGCAACAUGAAGAAGAAUCGAUACAAAGAUAUCCUGCCAUACGACCAGACGCGAGUGCCUCUGACGCUGCUGCUGCAGGAAGGCUAUUCCGACUACAUCAACGCCAACUUCAUCCGGGGCAUUGGCGGUGAGAAAUACUACAUUGCCACCCAAGGCCCCCUGGGGCAGACCGUGACGGAUUUGUGGAGGAUGAUUUGGGAGUACCACGUUAAGGUUGUCGUCAUGGCGUGCCGGGAGUUUGAGCUCGGGAAGAGGAAGUGUGAGCGAUACUGGGCGACCAAGGAGGAAGGCACAGUCGUCUUUGGACCUUUCACUGUCACUCACGUUGGUGAGGAGUCCCUGCGGGAUGAGGUCUCCAUUCGGACCCUCUCAGUCACCAUGCUGGAUGAAGUGGAUGUGCGGACCGUUGUCCAGUUCCAGUACACUGCGUGGCCGGAUCACGGCAUUCCGAAAGAUUUCGACUCGCUCCUGGAGAUGAUUGAUCUGAUGCACAAGCACCAGGGGGCGCUCAGCUCCCCCAUCUGUGUCCACUGCAGUGCCGGGUGUGGAAGGACUGGAGUCAUCUGUGCCGUCGACUAUGUUCGCUGCAUGAUACAGAGGAAGUCCCACCAGCUGAAGGAGGGAAAGAUGGGGCUUCCGUGA